GUAAAGGGGGGGACCAGUUCGCAGAGCCUCUGCGCCGGCUCCACUCGCAAAAACCAUUCGCACAUUUGUUUUGGUAAUGUUUACCGAGUAAUUACGGGCGAGAAAAUCGAUAGUGAAGUGGUGGUGAGUGAUGUGUGUUGUGUUGCGUGUGUGUCGUGUGUGUGGCGUGUGAGUGAUGUCGCCGGCACGAUGCUUGCAGCGCGCGUGGCCAGGUACCUGGGUUCGUUCCCGGUGUGCGGCGGCGAGCAGGCCGCGCACGCCGACACCGUCUCCGCGCAGCUGCAGCUCAUGAAGGAAAACGGGCGUGCCCAACCGGUCUUAGUGGUGGUCGCGCUUUCAGGAGUGAAGAUAUGCAGACCGCACGACCAGUCAGUGCGCAUGGCGCAUGCGCUGCGACGCAUCUCGUACGCAUGGUGUGAGGGCGCGCGCGCACUGUUCGCGUUCGUGGCGCGCGCACCGCCGGCCGACGCGCACUACUGCCACGCCUUCGCCACAGACACGCCGCAUCAGGCGGAGGAACUGAACGCGCUGGUGGGCGAUGCUUUCCGCAUGGCCUUCGCGUCGCAGCUACAGCCCUCCGCGCCGCUGUGGACGAAGGAGAUAAGCAGCGGCGGGUCCGACCGCGGCGGCAUGGGGGUGCGCGCGCCCGACUCGCUGCCUGGCCUCAACCACCACUACCCGCACUGUAUAGACAGAUCGCCGACAAAAUGCGAGCUGCUCAACAACUCGCGUCUCAGCGAGGUGUCCCCGAGCUCCUCCGAGGAAUCAGCAUCUCCCGUCUCGCUGAACUGCUACCGGCGGCUCGGGGACAAGCAGCCGCUGAUGAAGCGCCUGGCGCUGGGGUUCAGCGGAGCCCUACUGCAGGCCGAGGAUGAUGACUCCACACCGCUCGUCACUGACACGCCUACUACGCCCACCAACCUGCCCAUGUGCAUGAACGGCGGCUACAUCAACGAGGCUUCAGAAGCGGAGGCCCGCACCCGGGAGUCGAACCGCGAGUCCCCCGCGCCCCGCGCCGCCCCCCGCACGCACCACCAUGACUUGCUGCAUAAUGACUCCGAUGUGGAGAUGAAGAAACAUAGUAAUGUUAAGAAUUGCACAUCAUCAGCGACCUGCAGUCGAGCGACCUCAUCCUCAUCAGGCGCAUCCUCUUGCGGCGCUUCCUCCAGAUCCGGCAACAACAACGCCGCCCCGCCCGCGCCGCACUUCGCGAGGCUCGAGCCCGAGCUGAAGCAGGCGCCGUGGUUCCAAGCCGGCAUACCGAGAGAGAUAGCGCUCGAAGUGCUAAGCAACCAGCCGGUAGGAGCCUUCAUGGUGCGAUGCAGCACUACCCAGGCCGGGUGCUUCGCGCUGUCAGUGCGUGUGCCACGGGACUUCCAGCCCUGUGGCAUAGCGCAUUACCUUAUACUGCGGACGCCUAAGGGGUACAAGAUUAAGGGCUUCACAAAGGAGUUCUCAACCCUGUCAGCUCUGGUGACCCACCACAGUGUGAUGCCCGAGCUGCUACCCUGCCCGCUGUGGCUGGCUCGCUACAACCCCUCGUACGCGCGUCACGACCACGCUGACCUGGACCGGAUUUCUGACCCGGACUACAGCGCCAGGCAGGACUUCUCAACCUUCAUGUGUGAACUUGACGUGUGAAGCGGCUGUUGUUAGGUCGUAGGGCAGGACUUCUCAACCUCCAUGUGCGAACUUGACGUGUGAAGUGACUGUUGGUAGAUUGUAAAUAAGGGAGUGAAGAUGUGUGUGCAGUGUGUCUAUCACGGGCUAACGUGGCACACACACAUAUGGAAAAAGAACAGCGCCAGCAAAUUGGUAUAGAAUUACGCUAGCGAUUUGAGUUGACAUCACUCGUGAUCGAGGCCCAGGUUUGCUGUCAUUGGCUGGAUGAAGUGUAUAGUUUUACUGCAUAGAUAGAGUUCAGCUGUUAAGUUUGUUGAUGAUGAUGGCAGCAUAGUUGGUGCCACAGCGACCAGCAAGUGUGUAGACAUUUUGGACUAAUGCGGUAUGGUAUUAGUUGUUAUACCUUUCAUCAUACCUAUUAGCAAUCAAUGAAGCUGGGAUGGCAAUAUUGUAGGAAAAGAAAGAUUUUCUUUGAAAGAGUCAAUAAUGGGAAGACUGUAAAAAUUAAGAUAAGUAUCAGCAUAAUCUCAUAAAUGCAUUGUGAAUUUUGCUUUAAUAACAGAAAAACAUCACAAUGCGUGAAUUUUUUACCAGUUCCUGCUCUAUAUUAAUAUCAAUUAUUUAAUUUGACAAAAGCGGUAAAAACAUAAAACUACUGUAUGAAUAAUUGUAGAGAAACACUUUCAAGUAUACCCCAUAUAUGUAUAAACUAUAGUAACAAAGCCGCAAGUA